ACUUCAUUUUCUUUUGCUUGCUAACAAGGGAUUGUUGAUCGAUUGUGUGAUAAUAAUAGUUUAUUCUGUUGACCUAAAUAGUUUUUUGAAAAUGGGUGAUAAAGAAGAUUAUUUGACGACGUACCGUGUGUUUUUUGAAAACUUUGCGGCGACAGUGAACCCUGAGGAUCAGCUCCCCGUGAAUAUCGCGGGCUAUACCAUCACGGAGAGCGAGCUGCCGGGCGAAGUAUUGUACUGGACCACCCAGUAUUUAUCAGAGAAACAAUGUCCCUCGGCACUAUUGACCCCGCUGCUGCGGAUAAUCCUCGACGAGGUCCGCGUGGCGUCCAAGAAACAACCCGCAGAGUUUGGAUACAAAGCCGACGAGUCUGUAUACGUAGCCCUCCGCCUAAUGCAAGCCGUGACGGCCCGAGUCAACGACGUAUGCCUCCGCUACCUGGACAACUCGCGGCUGGACUCGCUGCCGCCGCCGCCCGCGCCGCACCUGCAGGAGCUGCGCACGGUGUCGGCGGCCACCAAGAACUCCAGGCGCGUCAUGGAGGACAGGCACGUCGAGAUCGGCAACUUGGAGGCGCUGUUCGGUAUUGAGUGCACAAAGCCAACGGCCUUCUACGCCGUGUACGACGGGCACGCAGGCUCAGCCGCGGCCACCUACUGCGCCGCGCACCUACACCAGUACCUGGUCGAGAGCCCGCACUACGCCACCGACCUCCGCAAGGCACUUAGAGACGCCUUCCUUCGCACAGAUAAUGACUUCAUCUGGAAGAGUAACCAAGAGCGAGCCUGCGGCGGCAGUACGGCCGUGGUGGUGGCGGUGCGCGGCUGUCAGCUGCACGCGGCGUGGGCCGGCGACUCGCUGGCCCUGCUCGCCAAGCGCAUGCGGCUCAUGCAGCUCGUGCGCCCGCACAAGCCCAGCCGACAGGACGAAAAGGAUCGAAUACAAGCGGGCGGCGGCGCCGUCAUGUUCUGGGGCACGUGGCGCGUCAACGGACAGCUCGCCGUCUCCAGGGCUAUUGGCGAUGCUAUGUACAAACCCUACGUGACCGCACGACCAGAGCUCGCGACCGUGGACCUAGACGGAGAUGAAGACUUCGUCGUCGUGGCCUGCGACGGGCUGUGGGACUUCGUCAGCGAAGACGAGGUCGCGCUCGCCGUGUACAGACAGCUGGCCGCAGAUCCAGAUGACUUGAAGGCAGUGACGAAGCGGCUGAUAGUGCAGGCGAAAAGGCAGGGCUCCUGCGACAACAUCUCCAUAAUCGUGGUGUUCCUGAAGGACCCGCGCGACAUAGCCGCCGACAACCGCCCGCCCAUGGAUCUUGGGCUGGACAACGCGUUGGUGAACGCGUCGCUGCCGCCCUUCGCUGUGGACGCGGACACCAAGCACCACGGCAUGGACGGCGCGACGGCGGAGUGCGGCGAGCCCGAGGGCGAGCUGGCCGACAACGGCGUCGACAACUCGGACAGUGACAGCGAGGACCUCGGCCCGGAGACCGCGGUCGACGCGGACGAUCUGGACGCGGAGGCCAGGAACCACGUCGCGCCGCCGACACCUCCAGCUCACACAGUGGAGGCGAGCCACAUCGACGGUGCCCUGGCGGAUAAUGUAGCUGAGAGCGGCGAGGAGUCCGAAGACGAGUGGAACUACUUCAAGGGAGAGGGCGAGCGCUCGGAGCAGCAGCGCAGCGAGCCUGACGGAGACGACCAGGACGAGCCGCCGCGCUCAGAGACGCCCUGUCAGGACAAUUCUGCCUGGGAAAGCAGUUCAGUCGACAUGAACAGUUCCCCUCUCAACCCAGACGCCCCGGUGUUUGUGCCUGGCACAGCAGCCGGAGCAGACAUCCUCCUGGCCGAGUCCCCGCGCAAGCCACAGCCAAUGGAUGACAUUGAGCUGCCAGACGUUCAACAGUUUGAGACAGAAGUGGUUCGGCGGCCUGCUGAGCUGCUAGACUUGGAUAAUUGUGAUCAGUUAAAUGGACACCAUAAUGUAUCAAUUGACGGAAUAACAGAACAAUUGAAUGGGAAUGACAAGAACACCCUGGACAGCCUCGGCUUUGGAUUCAGUGUAGGCGUGGAGCCCGACAAGGCAAAGGAUAUCAGUCUCAUACAGGACUUCGACAGAAUACAGAAAGACACCACUGAUUUCUGUAAUAUACAGGUAUUCCAAGCACACUCUGAAACAAAUCCGUUCGCAUCAGACGACAAUGAAGAGUUACUAGAAAGACUGAAGAGCAAAGAGCGAGACCCGAUGAGCAUGAGCUUCUACCAGGAGAAGGACGACGACACCUGCGAGCGGCUGCUCGACGGGCCCGUCGACCUCAACGCCGUGCAGCCGCUGCCCGACGCCGACGACAACGACGACCGCGACGGCCACGACGACAAGGAGAACGUCAGCCCCCGUCCCGACAACGACCACCCACUCCCCAACAACGACCACUUCGACCAGGGUGCUAACUUCAUAGACUACGUCAACAACUCUAACAACUUACAAAACUUCCCCAACAUAGAUCUACAGACUGACUGCCCGCCCCAAGAUAACGUCAUGCAGACGGACACGCCCGAAUCUCACAAGCUCCUGUUCGAACAGAUACCCGAAAUACCCGACGGCAAGAGCUCCGAAUUGGGUUUCAACGAGGAUAUUCAGGAUCCUUCGGAUCGAGCGAUCACACCGCAGGAGGAAACGUCCCAGGAUGUCGAAAUGGAGUGCAAACCGGAGACGCCCUGCGAGCCCGCCUCGCGCCCCGAGUCGGCGCAGGAACUCCCACAGACACAAAACGAAAUCGUAGAGGCGGAACACGCUGCUUUCGAAGAGUUCUCUCAACGGGCGGAACAUACUGAUAAUCUAUUGGAAAACGACCUGCACGAAUCACACGCUACUGAAAAUCACGAGCAUUCCAACGAGCACCUGGCGCCGUCCCCCACGCCCGCGGGCCGCGGCGACGCCACCCCGGAGCCGACGCACGAGCUCCAAGAGAACGUUAAGGCUGAAAUACACAACUACGACAGGAUCGACGACCACUUCGACGCCGUCGCCGCGCGCGAGGACGACACGAUCGAGCCCCGGGACGCGGAGACGCCACACGACUUGCACGAGGAAGUCGACCUCCUGUCGGCCACCGCCCACGAGAGCGAGACGACCGCGUCGCCGUUGCCCAGCGAGACGCCGCUGUCGCCCGCGCCGCACCACGAGGAGCUCCUCGCCGCCUCCCCCGCGCCCGCGCCCUCCCCGCUGCCCGCGGCCAGCCCCGCGCCCGCGGACACGGACCUCCUCUCGAGCCUCGCGGCCGAGUCGCCCGCACCCUCGCCGCUCCCGGCGGAGGUGCCGCUCCCCAGCGAGUCGUCCCUGCCGUCCGAGUCUCCCCUCCCGGCGGCCUCCCCGUUGCCCGUCGAAUCGGUUCUCCCCGUAGAGCCCGAGAUUCUGAGGGAAUCCCCGCCGCCGGUGGAGAUCGAGCCGCCGAGCGCGUCGCUCGCCCCCGAAUCUGCGGAGUCGCCGCUGCCCGCCGAGCCGGAGCUGCGGCCCGAGACCGCGUCGCCCUUCGCCGCCGCGCCGUCGCCCGCGCCGCCCGCCUGCGAUCGCCUCACGCCGGAGCCGCCCCGCGAGGAGCGAGCGCGGACGCCCGCGGCCGCCUCCGGCCCCGCCCCCGACAUCGUUCCCGAGGAGCGGGUCGAACAAUCGCACAGAGACCUCGUCACCGAUAUAGAUAUCGGCAUCCCCGAGUCGCACGCGCAGGAAAUCUGCGUCCCCGUCACGAGCGAGAUCACCGACGAGGCCGUGCAGCUGCCCGCCGGCACGCCGCCGCCGAUGCCCGCCGUCGACCUCGUCGCGCCGCCGCUCGAGGUGCCGGCCGCCGAGCCCGCCGACGCAUCUCUCGCGACGGCCGCCGUCGGCGCGGUCGCCGCCGCCGCCGCCGCCGCCACCGCCGCCACCGCCGUCGCCGCGACCGCGGCCGCGGCCGCCAAGGCGAAGACCCCCGCCAAGAAGACCGCCGCGUCCCCCGCCCCGAGGACGGCCGCGACCCCCAAGUCCGCGACGAAAGCGGCCGCGCCCGCCUCCGCCGGCAGGAAGCCCGCCGCCGCGCGCCCCGCCGCCGCCCGCGCGUCGCUCACCAAGUCCCCCGCCGCCCCCGCGCUCGCUAGGCCGAGGGCCGCCCCCACCCCGACGGCGGCGCGGCCCUCGCCCCGGCCCGCCGCCAAGAGCUCGCCCGCGCCCGCCAAGGAGGGGCCGACGACCGCCAAGCCCGCCGCGCCCCGCGCCGCGCCCGCCCCCCGCGCGGCGCCCAAGGCGGCCAGCACGCGGCCGGCGCCCGCCGCGCCCCGGGCGGCGCCCACGACCAGGCCCGCCACGGCGCCCGCGGCCCGCCCCGCCGCGCCGCGCCCCGCCGCCCGCCCCGCGCCCCGCCCGGCGCCGCAGCCCGCCAAGCCCCGGGAGGUGAAGGCGGCCGAGAAGAAGCCUCUCACGAACGGCGACGCGAAGGUGCCGCCCCCGAUCAGGAGGGUGCCCGUCGCCGCACGGCCGGCGCCCCGCCCGGCGACCGCUCCUGCGACGGCACCGGCGACCAAGCCCGCCGCCCCACGGCCGGCCGCUCGCGCUCCGCUGGCGGCGCGCGCGGCGCUGGACAAGCAGAGCAAGGACCUGGCCAACAAGCGCAUCACCGCCAAGGCCGCGCCGCCCAGGACUGCCCCCACUAAGACGGCUCCCGCAAGCAAGACAUCAGCAGUAAAGAGCGUACCCAAGAAGCCGCUUGUGAAGCCCACCAACGGGCUCGUGAACGGCGACGGCGCCGGCGACGAGCUGAAGCCGCCGCCGUCGCCGCCGGCCGCCGACAACGCGCUGCUGCCGGACGUGAUCGCGUGAGCGCGCGUCGCCAGGUCGCCGCAGAGUACACACUCGACGUUAAGGUUCACUCAGGCCGCCCGCGGUGGCGGGAGCCUCGAUCUCGGAACGCCCCAGUGAUCGAUUCCUAUUAUUUCCGCUUGAAUUUUGUGAUUUUCUAUAAGUGUAUGAUAGUUGACGCGUUAGGUGCGGGAACGUGUUCCCGGGGUAUAUUAGAGUCGCUUUAUAGACGUACGUCGCCGGUUCGUUACGCGGGCCGAACCCCGCAACGGUUAUUAUUCAUUAUUAUGAUAUGAGUCUGUUUUUAGAAUUUUAUAUUACCAACGAAUGAUUGAUUUAAAAUCUGGCUUUUAAUUUAUUAUCUUUGUAUAACCGUAUUAUUUAAAUAAAAACGUGAGGAAGGACUGA